GACCAGACCAGACUGGCCUGGCCUGAUCUUCUGAUGAUGAGAUCACCGGCCCACCUAAUCUUCCGAGGCCAAUCGCGAGCUUUUGUCGACGCCUUGUACUGUGUCGCUUCGUUUGUAGUUCGUGUGUUGCAUGCUUGGCUUGGGACGCACUCUUUGUUUCAGAUGUAUGCUUGCUGUCAGUAUCUUUAGACGUCAUCGAGAUGGUUUCCUCUACGUUGAUUUGCCAAUUCACAGUUGAGGCUGUCAUGGAAGGUUUAGUUUGCUAGCUCAAGAGUGGAUUUGGGAUCUCGUACUGAUAACAAGGUGGUGGUGACGAUGCUG